AGAAUUACCAGUUCCAUUCCCAUUCUCCAUUGGCAGCUUUCGACCAAAAUUCCUCCACGAGAUUUCCGUUUUGGUUAAGGAAGCAGCCGCGUUUGGUUUUUCACGCUGAGAAAGUUGGAAUUUUCUCACAAUUAUGGUUCACUGCAUCUGAGAAUUCUUUAAUCCACAAUCCCCAAUCAAAGUCCUCUUCCCGUUAAAUUAUCCUCCCUUACUUCUACUUCUCUUCCGUAAGAUAGUUCAAUCGAAAUCCGAAAUCCGAUAUCGUUCCUCGGUUACAGUUUCUACUCCCAUCCGCCGGCGGAUUUCGGAUUCUUUUAGUGGAGUGGAAAAUGGGCGGGGUGUGCGCCGGCGGGGUGAAGAAGGACGGAAAUGUCAAGGCGGAGGUGAAGAAGAAGUCGGGGUUCUCCGGGAAGCUGGUGAAGUCGCAGAAGAGCAGCGGCGGGAAGGAGGUGGAGGAUUCCCGCGCGAUUGUGAACGGAGGUAAGAAGAAGACGCAGCAGCCGGAGAGGCACUAUUCCGGCGAGUUCUUGCUGUCCGUUUCGAGAGAGUUGAAGCCGUCAAAGCCGCCAGCUGGAGGAGACACGCCGGUCAAGGUUACUCACAAGACGUCCUUCCUGGGGAAAGCAGGCACAAUGGGGCUGGAGAAAACGUUAGAAGUUCUCGACACUCUAGGAAGUAGUAUGUCGAAUUUGAAUGGCCGGAGUGGGUUUGUCACUGGUAUAGCAUCCAGAGGGAACAAAAUAUCGAUACUGGCAUUUGAAGUAGCUAAUACAAUAUCUAAAGGGGGGAACUUGUUUCAGUCUCUCUCAGAGGAGAAUGUCGAAUUCCUGAAAAAGGAGAUUCUGCAUUCAGAAGGUGUUAAGCGGUUGAUUUCUACGGAUAUGAAAGAGUUGCUAGUCAUUGCUGCGGCUGACAAAAGGGAAGAAUUUGAUGUCUUCUCGCGUGAAGUAAUUCGAUUUGGAGACCUCUGUAAGGAUCCCCAAUGGCACAACCUUGGCCGAUAUUUUUCAAAAUUAGAUCCAGAGGCUUCGAUUGAUAAACAAUCAAGACAAGAAGCUGAGAGAACUGUGCAAGAGUUGACUAAUCUGGUGCAACAUACUUCUGAACUGUAUCAUGAAUUGCAUUCAUUGGACAGAUUUGAGCAAGAUUAUCAAAGAAAGGUUGAGGAGUUGCAGUCCUUGCACCUCCCUCAGAAAGGAGAGAGCCUCUCAAUUUUACAUAGCGAGUUGAAAGAGCAACGGAAACUUGUCCGCAGCAUGAAAAAGAGAUCUCUGUGGUCUAAAAGUUUGGAGGAGAUCAUGGAGAAGCUUGUAGACAUUGUAACCUAUUUGCACCAGGCUAUUCUGGAAGCAUUUGGAAAUACUGGUAUGAGGGCAAUUCAGUGUGGAUGUUCUACAUGUGAUAGCAAAGUUCUGAUUUAUGAAGAACUCACUGAUUACAAACUGCUAAACAGUCUCUUUUAUGGGUCGACAGGUGUCACAGUGGUUGAUAAGGUCGACAAGCUUCCAACGCUUGGAAAAGCUGGUUUAGCAUUGCACUAUGCCAACAUGAUCACUCAGAUAGACAACAUUGUAAGAGCAACAGUUCUCUUUCUUUGUGGUUAUGCAUCUCGUCCCACUAGUCUUCCUCCAAACACAAGGGAUUCUUUGUACCAAGGAUUGCCACCCACCGUAAAGAUAUCUCUAAGGUCUCGAUUACAGAUGUUCGACGAGAAGGAAGAGCUAACAAUAGCUCAAGUGAAGGCUGAAAUGGAAAAGACCCUCCAAUGGCUUGUACCUGUUGCCGCCAACACAACCAAAGCUCACCAAGGUUUCGGCUGGGUUGGAGAAUGGGCAAAUACUGGAAGCGACUACGGCAGAGCCAGUGAAGCCGCCCAAGGCAACCUGAUCCGCCUCCAGACGCUCUACCACGCAGACAAGGAGCAAACCGACCAACACAUCCUCGAGACGGUAGCAUGGCUCCACCACCUGAUCACCCUAGUCCGACAACGCGACAAUGGCCUCCGAUCAUCCGGUGGCCAAGCCGGCCUGGCUCCAAAGUCUGCGACUUUCCGAGGACAGGAUCUCCACUCGAAGAUGCAGCGAAUCGUAUCGUUGAACGAAGCUCGAAAUCACAGCAGCCGCAUCACAAGAAUCUCUCAGGAGGACAGAGACUUGCUGGACAAGGUAAGCCGCCGGAGGAGGCUGAUCCCCGGGAUAAGCAAGAGCCAGGAGCUUUCGAAGAAGAGCGGGAGGGUUUGGGCGGCGCUGAGCAGGACGAAGAGCACCGGGAACUCACCAGUAAGGGAAAUGGGGAGGAGGAGGAAGCUGGUCCAUCAUCAAAGAGGGAAUUUGCUGGAUAUUUUGGAUGGGUUGGAUUCCAUGUAGACAACAACAAAGAUGGGUUCUAUAGGGUUGGGGAGACAAUCUAGCGUUACGUGAUUGGGUUGCGAUUCUAUUUUUCUGUGUAAAUAUAAUGGUUGGCGGGGAAGUAUAUCAUAUAUGAUGUGCAGUAGUAUAGUUUGGUGAUGAUAAAUUUGAUAUAGUCCUAUGUUGAGCAAAAUUUUGGAUCACCUGCUACAAGAAUGAGAUUUCGGGUGAAGUAUUAUCUUUCUGUUUAUCGAUU